CCGGAGUGGGCGAGGGAAGGCGGCAGGAGGCUGGUCUCACACUCGCCGACAAGAUGGCGACGGCAGCGAUGGGGAUGGCCGCGCCAGUCGCUUUGUUUCCCACUAGGGCUUGAAGCUCGCCUCUCGUUGGCCUGAAAGAAAGUAUCAGGAGCGACGGAGAGAUGACUGCGGAGCCCGUGAGUGAAAGCAAGUUGACUACAUUAGUGCAGAAGCUUCAUGACUUUUUGGCUCACUCGUCAGAAGAAUCUGAGGAUGCAAAGUCUCCUCCAAGGUUAACUAUAGAUAAAUUUGGUAUGACGGAAAGUAUUCCAACUUCAGUUCCAGUUCCAACUCCAAUGGAAAACUGCAAGGAAGAUGGUAGCAGCUCUUCUGAAAAGUCCAAAUCGUUAUGUUCAGCACGUUCCAAAAGGAAACCUACGGUUGUAACAAAGUAUGUUGGCUCAGAUGAUGAACAGACCUUAGAUGAAACCACAAAUCAAGAUGUUUCAAAUGAAAACUCUGAAAAUGAAGUUGAUAUGAAAAGCUUGCCUAAAGGUACAAUUGUUGUACAGCCAGAGCCAGUACGUAAUGAAGACAAAGAUGACUUUAAAGGACCUGAAUUUAGGAACAGAAAUACUGCUAGAACAAAACCUGAAACUCAAAAGAAGCGUGGAGAGGAAGGGCUACAUGGUAUUGUGAGCUGUACAGCUUGUGGUCAGCAGGUGAAUCAUUUUCAAAAGGAUUCAAUCUAUAGACAUCCCACAUUAAAAGUACUUAUAUGUAAGACUUGCUUCAAAUAUUAUAUGAGUGAUGACAUCAGCCGUGAUGCAGAUGGAAUUGAUGAACAGUGUAGGUGGUGUGCUGAAGGUGGACACUUAAUUUGCUGUGACUUUUGCCAUAACGCCUUCUGCAAAAAAUGUAUAUUACGAAACUUAGGACGAAAAGAACUAUCAACCAUACUGGAUGAAAACAGUCAAUGGCAUUGCUAUAUCUGCCAACCAGAACCUUUGCUGGACUUGGUUACUGCCUGUGAUAGUGUGUUUGAAAAUUUAGAACAAUUAUUACAGCAAAAUAAAAAGAGAAUCAGAGUUGACAACGACAAAGGCAAAAUGUAUGAUAAUACACUUAAAUAUUCUUUGAAGAAAAAUAGUUCAAGUUGUAAUGGAGAAGAAAAGAAACAAAAUCAUCCACAUUCUGGUGCUCUAACCUAUUCCUACAAAGCACUGAUGGUGCCAAAAGUCCUGCUUAAAAAAACUAAAAAACUAGUUGAAACGACAACAAAUAUGAAUGCUAGUUUUGUUAAUUUUUUGAAGCAGGCAAUUGAAAAUUCGGAAAUAAACCCGACAGUGCACUUACGUCAGCUGAAGGCUUUUAAAUCUGUGUUGAGUGACAUAAAAAAGGCUCAUAUGGCAUUGGACGAAUGUCUGAAUUUUGAGAUUCGGUCUCUAGAUUCUAAAACCAAGCAAAAAAACACCAAGGAGAGUGAAACUGCAAUUAAUUUGGAUACCAGUGAAGAGAAGAAAAUGGAAGGGAAAGAAAUAAAAGAGCAUAAAGUUGGAUUAGAAGUCAGUGAACAUACAGAUCCAAAUGUACCAAUAAUCGAUCAACCAGGGAGCAAAAAACCCAACUGCAAAGAUAAAAAAGCUGUGAAAAUUGAUCUUCAGUAUGAACCCAAUAGAGCUGAGGCAACAGAUAUGGAUAUUGUAUCAAUUCCCUCAUCAGUUCCUGAAGAUAUUUUUGAAUCUUGUAUGGAAGCGCAGAAAGCUGCCAGUGAACAGGGCAGUGGAAGUAGAGCAACAGAGCAAGGGGCAGUAAAUGCAGAUAUAAGAUCUAAAGACAGAAGGAAAGGAAUUAAAUUGAUACCGACCACAAAAGUAACAAAAACAUUGGUUGUAAAACUGACUCCAGUUUCCCUCUCUAGUUCUUCUGUAAAAGCUGAAGAUCCAGAUGGAAAGCCAGAAAAGGGAGAUGAGUGCGAAGACGGGAAAGAAAAUAAUGGCACUGAAUGUCCACCUGAAAGUAAAAUUAUUCCUUUGGUAGAAGAUCAUGAUCUCAGAAGGUCUCCACGUGUUAAAACUACACCUCUGAGACGCCCAACAGACAUAAACGCCCUACUAUGUAAUUCAGAAGAGGACAGCAAUGAUGCAUACAGUGAAAAACAAAGGAUAAAAUCCACACAAUCUAAAAGCAAAAAAGAUAGGCCAGACUCUCCUGUUACUACAGUUCACAGUCCUCAGUCUAACACAUUUUCUGAGACAAACAAACCAGACACAAUGGACCAAAGCUCUGAUUCUGAUGAGGUGCCUGCAGUCCUGCUAGCAACAACCACAAGCAGCCACAGUACUUCAGACACUGACAGCAAUAGUGAAACACCCAAGGAUGUGUUAAAUGCUUUAAAGAGGCGGCCAGUGAAGGUGGACAAUGGAAAGCGUAAAAGAAAAAGUUCCAGUUCUGGAUCAGAUUCCGAUGCUAAAGAGGAAAAAUCAAGGAAGGAUUUGCCUGCUGUGAAGAAAACACGCCAGAACUGUUCAGAUUCUUCCAAUAAUGAUUCUGAGUUGGAGAGAGAGAAUUUUAGUAAAACAGAGUCUGCAAGAAAAGCUACAAAAAAAGAACCAAAGAAAGAUAAUGAUUCUUCGGAAGAGGAACCAAUUAAAGAAGGAAAAAGAAAUUCAAAAAAGAAGGGUGAAGUGUGCAAUGAAGUUGAUGAUGUUGAAGUCUCUGCUCCAGAAAAAGAAAAGCUAGACAAUUCUUUGGAAGAUGCACCUUGUAAAGAGCUAGGUUUUAAGGGGAGACGAACAAGGGAUUUCAAAGGGAGAGCCUCCAAAGGCAAACAGAAUGUGUCUCCAGAAAAAGAGAGUAGCAUUUCAGGCAAGAUAAGCGAACCACUGGCAAAGGAAGGAUGUGAUGUUUCUUUUGAUGAUAUAGGACUGUCACUAAAGCUGCAACAAACUGGUGAAUCAUCAGAUGAUGCUAGAAAUAAAGCUAAAAAAGGUGCAGAAGGAAAGGAAAGUGGGAAUCGGAGAAAAGUUUCCACAAGGGGACAAGGUGAUUCCUCUUCUGAAAUUGAGAAGUUUUCUCCUGAAAAAGAGAGUUGUUCUUCUGGAAGUAAAGGCAAGAAACAAAGUACUUCUGAGAAUAAAAAGAACUCAAGAGAAAGGGUUUCUAAGAAGUUGCAGGGUAAUGCUUCAGACACUGCAAAGUCUCCCCAAAUUGAACAGGUCUCUGAUACUUCAGAAGAGCAUUUAAAUGUAAAAAGCAACAAUGCUAAAGAAAAGAAAAAAGUAAGCCCCAAAAGAAGAAAUGCCAAACAAGUUAGAGGUGACUUGCUUUCCUCUUCUGAGGAGGACUUGCAUGAGGAGAAAAAGAAAAAGAAAAGAGGGGCAGUCACUAAGGGAAAUUCCAAGAGUAAUCGUAAAGAGAGAGGGAAUAUUAAUGUUAAAAAGGCAAAGAAUGAAACCCUCAAUUCCACUACCACAUCACCAUCAUCAUCCAAUGAGGCUGAAAACGAGGACCUGAAUUCAGCAGGCGAGGCAAGCAGUGAUGAACAGAAAAUUAAGCCCGUGACAGAAAGUUUAUUGGCACCAGCAACAAUUGGAUUUUGUCAAUCUUCAGGAGAUGAAGGAGACAAUAAAUCGCAGACUGUACCAAUGGAAGAGGAGGAAGAUGAUGACGAUGAUCCUGAGAAUAGAAUUGCCAAGAAAAUGCUUUUAGAAGAAAUCAAAGCCAAUCUUUCCUCAGAGGAUGAAACUUCUUCUGAUGAAGAAUCUGAUGAAGAGAAAAAGAAGAAAGGAAAGCAUUAUGAAAAAAGAGGUGACAAUGGAGAGAAUGAACAGGAAGAUGAGUCUGACUCUGAUUCAGAUGCUGAUGGGGCUAAGAAACCCAGAUACAGACACCGCUUGUUAAGACAUAAGUUGACCACGAGUGAUGGAGAGUCUGAUGAAGAGAAAAAGGAAAAAUCUAAAGAGGGAAAAGAAGUUAAACGCAGGAACAGAAGGAAAGUUAGCAGUGAGGAUUCAGAUAAUUCGGAAGCAAAUGAAUCUGGAGUCAGUGAAGAAGUCAGUGAAUCUGAAGAUGAUCAGCGUCCUAGAACAAGAUCUGCCAAGAAAGCUGAAUUAGAAGAAAAUCAACGAAGUUACAAGCAGAAGAAGAAAAGAAGACGCAUAAAAGUACAGGAGGAUUCAUCCAGUGAGAACAAGAGUAAUUCUGAUGAUGAUAAUGAUGAUUCAAAAUCUCCCGGGAAAGGUAGGAAAAAAAUACGGAAGAUACUUAAAGAUGAUAAGCUUAGAAGAGAAACUCAGAAUGCUCUGAAAGAAGAGGAAGAGAGAAGACGGCGCAUCGCGGAAAGGGAACGUGAGAGGGAGAAGCUAAGAGAAGUGAUAGAACUAGAAGAUACACCAUUGAAAUGUCCAAUUACAACUAAGCUGGUUUUAGAUGAAGAUGAAGAAACCAAAGAACCUAUAGUACAAGUUCAUCGUGACAUAGUUACAAAGCUGAAGCCACAUCAAGUCGAUGGUGUACAGUUUAUGUGGGAUUGCUGUUGUGAAUCUGUGAAAAAAACAAGGAAAUCUGCAGGCUCUGGAUGCAUUCUUGCCCACUGUAUGGGUCUGGGAAAGACCUUGCAGGUAGUUAGUUUUCUUCAUACUAUUCUGUUGUGCGACAAGAUGGAUUUCAGGACAGCUCUUGUUGUUUGUCCGCUGAACACAGCCCUGAAUUGGUUGAAUGAAUUUGAGAAAUGGCAAGAAGGCUUAGAAGACGAUGAGAAACUUGAGGUCUGUGAACUAGCAACAGUGAAACGCCCUCAAGAGAGAAGCUAUCUGCUCCAAAGAUGGCAGGAUGAAGGGGGUGUAAUGAUCAUAGGCUAUGAGAUGUACCGUAACCUUGCACAAGGGAGAAAUGUGAAGAGCAGGAAACUCAAGGAAAUAUUUAACAAAGCACUGGUUAAUCCAGGCCCUGACUUUGUCAUAUGUGAUGAAGGACACAUACUGAAAAAUGAAGCUUCUGCUGUUUCUAAAGCUAUGAAUUCUAUAAGGUCCAGGAGGAGGAUCAUUCUUACAGGAACUCCAUUGCAAAACAACCUCAUAGAAUAUCACUGCAUGGUUAACUUUAUCAAGGAGAAUUUGCUUGGGUCAAUUAAGGAGUUCCGAAAUCGAUUUAUAAAUCCCAUCCAGAAUGGUCAGUGUGCGGACUCUACCCUGGCUGAUGUCAGGGUGAUGAAAAAACGUGCCCACAUCUUGUAUGAAAUGUUAAAUGGAUGUGUUCAGAGGAAAGAUUAUACAGCAUUAACAAAGUUCCUGCCACCAAAAUAUGAAUAUGUUCUGGCUGUUAGAAUGACUCCUCUUCAGUGUAAACUGUAUCAGUUCUACUUGGAUAAUCUAACAGGUGUCGGCAACAGCAAUGAAGGUGGAAGAGGCAAAGCUGGAGCUAAGCUUUUCCAGGAUUUCCAGAUGUUAAGCAGAAUUUGGACUCAUCCUUGGUGCUUGCAGCUGGACUAUAUUAGCAAAGAAAAUAAGGGCUAUUUUGAUGAAGAUAGUCUUGAUGAAUUCAUAGCUUCUGAUUCUGAUGAAACAUCAAUGAGCUUAAGCUCUGAGGAAGAGAUCAAGAAGAAAAAAUCGAAGGGUAAAAAAAAGAGUAGCAGCAGUGAAAGUGGAAGUGAUAAUGAUGUUGAAGUGAUUAAAGUCUGGAAUUCAAGAUCUCGUGGAGGUGGAGAAGGAAACAUAGAGGAACCAAUAAACAAUCCUCCAGCCAUCGUAAAGUCAGAUGAAGGUAAAACUGCUUCCUCUUCCAACCCAGGCAGCCCAGCUCCAGAUUGGUACAAGGAUUUUGUCACUGAUGCUGAUGCUGAAGUGUUGGAGCAUUCUGGAAAGAUGAUGCUUCUUUUUGAAAUUCUUCGCAUGGCUGAGGAGCUUGGGGAUAAAGUCUUAGUGUUCAGCCAGUCUCUGAUAUCACUGGAUUUGAUAGAAGAUUUUCUGGAGUUGGCAAACCGGGACAAAGAAGAUGACAAACCUAUUGUAUAUAAAGGUGAAGGGAAAUGGUUCAGAAAUAUAGAUUAUUAUCGUUUAGAUGGCUCUACAACAGCACAGUCAAGAAAGAAGUGGGCUGAAGAAUUUAAUGAUGUAACUAAUGUCAGAGGCCGUUUGUUUAUUAUCUCUACUAAAGCAGGAUCCCUUGGGAUAAACCUGGUGGCUGCAAAUAGAGUAAUUAUUUUUGAUGCUUCUUGGAAUCCAUCAUAUGAUAUCCAGAGUAUUUUCAGGGUUUAUCGCUUUGGGCAAAAUAAACCAGUGUUUGUGUACCGCUUCUUGGCUCAGGGAACAAUGGAAGACAAGAUCUAUGAUCGUCAAGUAACUAAACAGUCACUAUCUUUCCGGGUGGUUGAUCAGCAACAGGUUGAACGCCACUUUACCAUGAAUGAACUCACUGAGUUGUAUACUUUUGAGCCAGACUUGUUGGAUGAUCCUAAUUCAGAAAAGAAGAAAAAAAGGGAUACACCUAUGUUACCAAAAGAUACAAUUCUAGCUGAACUCCUCCAGAUCUGCAAAGAACAUAUAGUGGGCUAUCAUGAACAUGAUUCCCUCUUGGACCAUAAAGAGGAAGAAGAAUUGACUGAAGAAGAGAGGAAGGCUGCUUGGGAUGAAUAUGAAGCUGAAAAGAAGGGCCUGACGAUGCGUUUCAACAUGCCAAUGGGGGCAAACAUGUUCCCCACCAACUUUAAUGCUCAGGCUCCAUAUAUUCCUUUCAAUUUGGCAGCAUUGUCCGCUAUGAGCAACCAGCAGCUUGAGGACCUCAUUAAUCAAGGCAGAGAAAAAGUUUUGGAAGCUACCAACAAUGUUACUGGAGCAAGAAUUCAACCCCUUGAAGACAUCAUUUCCAGUAUAUGGAAGGAGAAUCUGACGCUCACAGAGUCCCAGGUCCAGUCUUUAGCUCUAAGCCGACAAGCAACCCAGGAGUUGGAUGUUAAGCGCCGGGAGGCCAUCUAUAAUGAUGUCCUGACAAAGCAGCAGAUGCUAAUCGGUUGUGUUCAGAGGAUUCUGAUGAGCAGAAGACUCCAUCAGCAGUACAGCCAACAGCAGCCACAGCAGCUGACCUACCAGCAAGCAGCGCAACACGUGGCUCAGCAAGCAGCCAUGAGUCAUGCAAUGAUGCCAAAGCCGGGUUUGAUUAUGAAUCCUUCCAACUUCCAACAGAUAGAUAUGAGAGGGAUGUAUCAAUCUGUUGCUGGUGCAUUGCAGCACCCACCCCCCUUGCAGCGGGCUCCUCUUCCAAUGAGCGGCAAAGGCCCAGGACCAUCCCAAGGGAAAUCAAUGUGAUUAUUUUGCACUAAAAGUUUUUAAGGAUUGUUAAAAUCACAGAGUGAGAGAGAGCUUUUUUAUUUUUUUAGGAAUCAAUGGCUUAACA